UCUCCGCCACCUUCUUCUUGCUCUCUCCUCCACUUCAAGACCUUGUGCUGCUCUCCUCCUCCUCCUCCUCCUCCUCCUCUUGUCUCCUGCUGUUGCGUCUACAAGCGCUGUCGUGACUGGAGCAGAGGAGAGGACAAACAAGAGAGGAUCUGAGUCAGAAUCCAAAAAAACACCAAAAGGAGAACAGAAACUCUGACUUGUCCUCUCUCUCUCUCUGUCAGUGUGUGCUGUGCUUGUUAGAUGUGUCUGAGAUCUCUUCUGAUUGUGCUUUGGGGGACCUGUCAUUGAAGGAAAGGAGGCGCCUUGACGGCGAGCGAGAGGCCCCUGGAGAGAGAGAGAGACAACCUGACGGACAAGUGCAAAAGGAGGAGUGAGGAAGAGGAAGGGAAGAUGAGAAAGUGACUGGUGGCUGGAUCGUUUUGAACAGCGUUUUGAACGGUGGCUGAAGAAACUACAGUGACUACACGUCCCAUCAUCCCACAGGCCCAAGAUCUGAUUGGAUGGUUUUGUCAGAAUGACAGCCGAAGAUCCUGCUUCCUCCUCGACCAUGAGCAAUAACGCUGCCCCCUCCAAACCCUCCAAACCCUCCUCUGGUGCCUCCCACCACUCUCUCCAUGGACAGAUCAACAUCCCUGAGGGUGUUGCGGGUGCUCCCAACGAGGCUGCACUGGUGGCCCUGAUGGAGCGCACUGGCUACAGUAUGGUCCAGGAAAACGGUCAGCGUAAAUAUGGUCCACCUCCUGGCUGGAACGGUCCAUCUCCUCCACGGGGAUGUGAAAUCUUUGUGGGCAAAAUCCCACGGGACGUUUAUGAGGAUGAGCUGGUCCCUGUGUUUGAGUCCGUAGGACGCAUCUAUGAGAUGCGGCUGAUGAUGGACUUUGACGGGAAGAACCGAGGGUACGCAUUUGUGAUGUACACAGAGAAACAUGAGGCCAAACGUGCCGUGCGGGAGCUCAACAACUAUGAGGUGCGGCCUGGGCGGCUACUGGGGGUCUGCUCCUCAGUGGACAACUGCCGUCUUUUCAUAGGCGGCAUUCCCAAGACCAAAAAGCGUGAGGAGAUUCUGGAGGAGGUGUCUAAGGUGACAGAAGGUGUACUAGACGUGAUAGUUUAUGCCAGCGCUGCAGAUAAGAUGAAGAACCGUGGCUUUGCCUUUGUAGAGUAUGAGUCACAUCGUGCGGCCGCCAUGGCUCGCAGGAAGCUGAUGCCUGGACGCAUUCAGCUGUGGGGUCACCAGAUCGCAGUGGACUGGGCCGAGCCAGAGAUUGAUGUGGACGAAGACGUGAUGGAGACAGUGAAGAUCCUCUACGUCAGGAAUCUGAUGAUGGAGACCAGCGAAGAGACGAUUAGACAGGUGUUCAGCCAGUGGAACCCUGGAUGUGUCGAACGAGUGAAGAAAAUCCGUGACUAUGCCUUUGUCCACUUUACCUCCCGGGAGGACGCUGUCCUGGCCAUGGACCACCUCAACGGCACAGAGGUGGAAGGGUCCUGCAUUGAGGUGACCCUCGCCAAGCCAGUCGAUAAGGAGCAGUACUCACGUCAGAAGGCCUCAAAGGGGGGAGUUUCCGCCACUCCAGAGGCAACUCAGCAGAACUACGUGUACCAGUGUGAUCCAUACACACUUGCUUACUACGGUUAUCCCUACAACACCCUCAUCGGACCCAACAGGGACUACUUCGUCAAAGGAUCCCCAAUGAUACAGAACAAUGGUACUGUGCGAGGUCGUGGUCGUGCUGCUACAGGUAACCGUACCCCUGGGCCGCGGGGGUCAUACCUGGGGGGUUACUCUGCCGGUCGUGGCAUCUACAGCCGCUACCAUGAGGGCAAGACCAAGCAGCCCGAAAAGCCCUAUGAGCUGAUGCCCAGUCUGGAGCUCGCUGCCUCCGUCAACCCAGUUGGCAUCAAACCUGGCACAAUAGCGUUGCCAACUCUGGGCGGGCAGUACCCAGUGUUCAGUGCGGCUCCCGCAGCCAAACUGAUGGAGGAGGGGAAGGUGCACACGGUGGAGCACCUUAUCAACCCUCUGGCCAUGCAACACCCUGAACACACCACCGCCACUGCUGCUGCUGCUGCCACCGUCCUACCUGCAGUCUCUACCCCUCCACCUUUCCAGGGUCGUCCAAUCACUCCCGUCUAUGCCAUGGCCCACAACGUCCAGCGUAUCCCAGCAGCAAGCGGCCUGUACGGAGCUGGAUACGUCCCCAUCACAAACUACGCCGCCAACACGGCAGCUCUGGCCGCUCUGCAGAAGAAUGCGGCGGUGGCGGCCGCGGCAUACGGAGGUUACACUGGCUACGCCGUGCCGCAGGCCUUCCCUGCCACAGCCUUCCAGCUGCCCAUCCACGAUGUCUACCAGACAUACUGAUCCUGAGGCAUCAGACCAGAUCCUGCCUGUCACUGAACGACCACUGUAACAUCUCAAAAUCAUGUAGAAGCAUCUCUUGAACUCUUGAACCUGCGAGAGCAGGAAAAGGAACGUCGUUUGAAGCAAUCGUUCAGGACACAGACUGUGACAAAAUGACAAUCUGACAUCUCGUAUCUGUCCCACCUGCUGGCCUCAGUAUGUCCUGGACCCUGGGCUUAAAUCAUGCAGCAUCAGCAGGUUUGUUUUCUACUGAAUAUUAUCACACACAUAGAAGACAAUGAGCAUAACACACAAAAACAACAACUCCCUUAAUCUCUGACCCUCACCACCUUGUUGCUAUAGAAACACUGAAGGUACAUUCAAGUAUUUAUGAAGAGAAGAUGCAUAUUUAAGAUUUUAUUCUCUGCAGGUCUCUCUUUUUAUUCUGGGGUAGUAUUUGUUUUCUGAAGCAGGAAUGAUAGACCUUUACACUAUGUCUAAAAAAAUUCAAAAGUGUACUUGUGGGCGGAAGGGGGAGGGAGAAAAGUCAAUUGACAGGAAGUAAAAGUACAACAGGAACUACUGACAAAUGAGGAUACCACUGCAGACAGCUGUUUUGGAUAUACUAAUGUUUUUUUUAGUUUUUUUUUUUUUUUCAUUAAUAUAUAGUAUUCUAGCCAAUUCUACUUGCUGUAGGUGAUGCUGUCCGUCCAUGCUGGUUGAACGUGUAUGCUUCAAACACACUUGUUGGUACUUUUUGGUAUAUUUAGUUUUAUUUGUGUUUUGGUUGCUUUAAAUGAAGGUUCUAAGUGUUGUUGUUGUUGUUUUUUGCCUAUAAUUAGUUUGCUUGUUUUCAUGUUUCUGCUGUAACCUUUGGAAAUGUACAUUAUACUUGGUUUUUUGUUUGAAGAAAAGUAGCCAGCUCACUAAUAUCAUUGUGGGAAUAAAUGAUAGAGACCUGGAAAACUUUUUCAGUGAUGGGCUACAUGGUUCAUCUACAAGCCUGUAUUGAAAGAGACAUCAUGUACAUGGAGCUGUUUCCCUUCCUCUGAAACUGCGCUGGCAGGGGACUAAGACUGAACAGAUAUUAGAUGUUUUUUUCUCAUUUAUGUAUGUUUUUAUUAUUGUUUUUUUUUUUAUUGUUUGACUCUUGAAAGGUGAACAAAUAUGGACAGAAAUGAGAGACAUUUUUCUAUAUGGACUGGAGCACUCUUGUCUCCAAAGUGUAACAUGCUCCUGCAUUUGCCAGUGCUAACCAAAAACUUAUGGCUACAUCUGCUCCAGUCACAUGACAUUAGAAAACUUCUCUGGGCCUUACAGCUGCAUGUACUCUACGCUUUUCCACUGUGCCUCUCAUCAUCAAGCUAAGCCCAUGUGUUUGGCACAAAGAGGAGAAGACUUCCAUCUGUGCAUAGCACCGGAGUCUCCUCCAUUCAGAUUUCUAAUUAACCAGAUUCAUGGUAUUACUGUAUUUUGGUGAGACAAGUAGUUUUCAGUCUCUGCAGUCAGAUGUGACAAGGCUACCUCUCUCCUGUAGUCUCCUCUCUGAGCAAUCCUGCAGUAACACUCCUUAUGUUUGUCUCCUCUUUAUUUCUUGUCCUCCAAAAACUGUGCUUGACCGAGGUGCACUUAAAACAUAUUUAUGAAAGGCAAGAAAUUGCCACUUUCAGAUGAAGAGAUAUUAAAUACUGAGCAUGAAUUCACAUGUGAAGUGAGCUAGUUGCCUUUUUUAUGUCUGAUAAAGCAUAAAACAUACAACAACCUUUAUGAAUGUUUAGUAGGCACUUUUAAAAACUCUGCAGUGUGUUGACAAGAAGUGUAAAAUUGAACUGGGAAUAACUGGAGCAAUACCUCAUGCUGAAACAUACAAGUAGCUAUGCAUGUAUUGUACAACACACAAACAUAAUGUAUGCAAGCUGCUGCAGAUCAUGAAGUCACACUCCACAACCGCCAUCUUUAUUUUAGAACAUGCAAAACAUAUGUAUGCCAGCUUGUAUUUGUAAACCAGACUGUGUUUGAGGGGAUUUUUUUUUUUAAAUUUUCUAUCAACUCCUCAGAUUUUUAUACACAAAGUAAUGUGAGUUUGACUGUUCUAAAACAGUUUGCUGGAUUUUUGAGGUUGUGUAAGAGAUUGUCAGUAAGUUAUUGAUCCAAGAAAAAAAAGUUAGAUUAUCCACAUAUUUGUUUCAUCUCCCGCUACAUUUUGCUCCAUCUCUCACCCUCUGAGACUGGUUUUCACCCAGAAAAGCAAACUGCUGUUAACUGCUUUUAUUAUUUUCUUGUAUGAUGACAAUAAGUCAGGAUAUAUUUAAUAUAUGCAUUACGAGUGUUGUGUAUGAAGUGAGAAGAAAAGGCAUAAUAUAUUCUAAAACAUAUUUCUUUUCUUUAUUUACACCUUGUUUAGGGAUAAAAAGUCAGAAUAACAACUGUGGUUUUUUUUCUUUGCCAAAGUGUCCAAUAGUUUUUAAACAUUCAAGGUAAAUGUUUUUUUGUGAUGAGUUAUAUUAUGUUUGUUAUUUUGACCCAGAUGGUGUUACGAGUGGGAACACAAAGGCCUUCUCUUUCUGCUUCAGAUUAUCAACCCAGACUAAAAACUGGCUGAUUGAAGCGUGAUGACCCACUGAUGCUUUGAGCUGCUGGUUUUGCAGCAGUUUUAAUACGAGCUAUUAAAGGCCUAAUUGUGAUUUAACAGCCCCUGUGCGGACAGUUGUGCCUCCCACUCAAAACACCUGCUUUACUUUCUUUUGCCUGCAUUUCACCCACACCACAGCAGCAGGAUGAACUCCUCCUGUUCCUUGUGUCAGUGGUGUGGAGCUACAUAUGCCUAGUUUAACAUAGGUGUUAUCAUUUAAACUCUUCCUAGUGUGUGCCUUAUUGCCAAGAUGUGCCCUUUGCCACUCCUUUGUAGACCUAUGCAGACUUUUUUCUAUCUGAAGGUUAAAAAAAAAGCUUGUUUGGCAUUGUUAUAUUUAUAGUGAUAAAGUAGAUAAAUAAAGCAUUUUCAAAAGGA